GAAUCAUUUUUUUUUGGGUGAUGAUCAGAUAGCUUCAAGUUGUAAGUCCCUUUAGACAAUUAGUUAAAAAAAUAAAUAAAUUAAAAAAUUUUAAAGUUCGUAAAUUAACAAGUUUAAAUAAAAAAAGUUAAAAAUGAAAUACUUCACACUUUUCAAGCAGUUCCACGCAUUUUUCGAAAAUAAAUAAAAGUUGCUUCCCAAAAAAAUUACCACUAAAUUCUUGCAAAUGUCCUAAUCCAGAUCCAUGUGGCGAGAUCAUGCAUACGUGGUACAAGUAUAAACUUUUCAAUAAUAAAAAAUCUAUUGAUAAACCUACAAUAAAAUACGUUCCCGACGAAGAUAACGCUGACUGUGCUUGGUGUAAAAAGAGAAGAAAAUGAAGGCUUCUUUGAAUCAAAGUUCAGUAACAGCUUGAACAGGUCUUGGAACUGGCAGUGGAUAUUUUCUCGUUAAUUCCCCUAGCAACAUGUCAACUCUCUGACGUUGAAACAGUGUACUGGGCUCUUCUCUCACAGGAAUUUCCUUCUUAGCUGCUGCAGUCUUCCCAUUUUUCAAGUCCCAAGAAUAUCCUUUGCUAGGAUGAUAUCUUGAGCAUGCACUUGUUUCUUCAAAUGCAGAUUGCAAAUGAUGCACUGCGGAUAACUAUAAUGAAGAAUAUCAAAUUAGCCAGAUCCGGAGCUUGAUAAACAACCCCUGCGAUUAUAUAGUAAUCUGCUACUGGAGUUGCCUGUGUGGGACCAUGACGAUGCUGCUUACGAAUCACAUAAAGAAUUGGCUCUUGAACGUGUAAAAGCACGUGCUAACUGUGUUGUACUUACAUAAGCUGCUCAGGGUUAAGCCGCUGCAUUUUAACAACUUCAUUGUUGCACGUUCUGUCGUAAAAGGGAUUGGACCUCUCGGAAAAGUAGUCCAUUAUGUUGCUCGGAUUGAGCAUGGGUAUCCAAGCACUGUCAUGCCAAGAUAAUCCCAAGGGAUUUUCUAACAAUUAAAAACAUAUUUGAAAAUUCAUUUUCUCAAAAAUAACGUCUAAGAGUUACCACGUUAAUAAUCCAUCUCAAGAGGAUAUACAUUGAGGUUAUCAGCCCAACGAAUCGUCAUGAACCAUCGAUAUUACCGAAACCCAUGAGACAAAAAAAUCAUAAUUCCACAUACCUGGCACAGGUAGUCGUCCUGGAAUCAUCUCUGCAAGCUUAUGUCAACGCUAGCCUCACAAAAAAUCACCAAAGUCACUUUUCCACUCCAGCAUCCGCUCAGUACAGAAUGUAAACGUAAACACGCGUGCAUGUAAACAACGCGGAUGGUCGACUGACAGUAGCGCUCUGCCCUCCGUGCGGCCGGAGCAAAAACGAGAUCGCGGCGCCGCCGAGUAUAUUUCGGCAUAUUUCCCGUGGGAGUUUCCAGGUACGCACCAAAUACCUACUCGCGCAGCGGAUAUCGUGUUACGAAUGAAGGAGCACAGAUUCGUCGCCGCGACGUUAGCAGCAGCCGAGACGAGGAGCCACAGACGGUCGUCGUCGAGCGUCGGUGGCCUACAAUUCCAGAAUUCCAUAACAAUAGUCACUGCGUCGAGACGUUCCUGAGUCGUCGUGCGCUCGGUUUUUUUUUUUUUAUAAAGAUGACGCCACCCAAGGCUACGAGAGAUCUUAUGAAAGAUCCCCGCUAUAAUUUAGUUCCACUUCACAAGCGGCCUGAUUUAAUACAACAAUGCUGCAAGCUGCUAAACUCUGAAUGGAAACGGAGUGAAACUGCACGGUUGAAGAGCCUUAUCGUGUCCUGUGAUGGGCUUCCUGCUUGCCUUUUAUUAAUAUUUGAUAAUGAUGUUCUGGGACACUGCAAAGUUUCACUGGUUCACGGUACCAUUGACAGUGUAAUCAUAGAAUCAUUUGUGAUUGACCCUGCCUACCGAGCUAAGGGAUAUGGAUCUUUAUUUUUAGGAUCCAUAGAAGAGUAUAUGGUUGAAAAUUAUGACAUUAAAAAUAUUUAUCUAAUGACCAAAGGCCAAGAAGGAUUUUAUUUGAAAAAUGGGUACACUGUCUGUGAACCUUCUGAACAAUUAAAUAACCGAUACAGAGAUUUGGGUUCUGAUCCAUAUGAUAGUGGUGAUGAGGAAAAUUUAAAAGAUACUAAGUCAACAGCAAAGGAUACUGUAGACAAUGCUUUUAAACAAAGAGAAAAGAACCUUCUUGGAACUGGUACCAAACCAAAAACCAAAAGUUUUGUUGAUAAUAGUAGUAAACUAAAUGAUAUACAAUUUGUUGAAACUGGUACUAUACCAAAAAUAAGGAGUAUUUUUGAAAAAGACAGUAAUUUUAAAGCAAAGGACAUCAAAUCAACGGGACCGCCUCCACCACCAAUGCCUAAUCUUAAAAAAACGUCGGUACCAAUCUGUCUUACGAUCAGUACACGCACAUUCAUGAAAAAAACACUACAAGCCUGAUCCAGUCAUCGCCAUAAAUAUAAGUAAAAACAAUUUAUUUAUUUAUUAUUGUAAAUACUUUAAACAAAUUUUUGGAAUAAUCGCCCAUUAUAUUUAGUCUCAAUUUCAUGCGACCAACACAUGUAUUUUUCAAUAAAAAAAGAACUCAUAUUUAAA